AUGGCUGUUCUGGAGGAGAUGCUGGACGAAGUGUGCCACUUCCAUGAGCAAGGCACUGGAGAGCAGAGAUGCAAUUUCAACCUGUAUAGAGCAGAGGUGGCAAAUUGGAGGGACACCUUAUUCUGUGUUAUGGCACCUAAAGCUUCUGAGGCAGAGGACUUGCCAGUGUACUACCCCAAAUGCCCACAACCAGAGCUCACUCUAGGAGCCAGAAAGCACAUUGACAGCGACUUCUUCACCGUCCUCCUGCAAGACCAUGUAGGAGGUCUCCAAGUUCUUCAUCAGAAUCAGUGGAUCGAUAUGGGCCCUGUGCCAGGAGUGCUGGGAGUUAACAUUGGAGAUCCGCUUCAGCUUAUCUCGAAUGACAUAUUCAAGAGCUCUGAGCACAGAGUUGUGGCAAACAUGGGGCCGAGAGUGUCUGCAGUGUGCUUCUUUUACAUGGCGACGCCGCCAUUGCCAAAACUGUAUGGUCCCAUGAGGGAGUUGAUUUCUGUGGGUGAUCCGGCGAAGACAGAGAAACCACCAUCAUGGAGUAUAGUUCCCACUUUAGCACGAAAAGUGAUGGGACUUCGGCUCUGCAGCAGUUCAAGCUGUGAGCUUGGCAGUGGCAAACAACUGGUGCUACAAAUUGGAAAGGGGAUGCCUACAUUAGCAGAAAAUAAACCCGAGCGUGAUACAAGUUUGCUGGCUAGUUUGUAA